AUGACGUACGGUGGAAACACUGUAGUUAAGUCAAACAAAGAGUAUUCAUGCGAGGUGAAACCUUUAAAAGAGCCGGAUUCUGAGGGUGUCAACAUUGCGAAUGUGAUGUUGGGGGACAUCUCAGAUAACUACGUAGGCUAUAAUUUAGGAAUUGGUGUCGAGAUUGCAGAUCUUGAUGCAGAGUUAAGCAGAUCGGAUUCUAAGUUUGAGACGAGGAAUUACGAUAAUGAAAAGGGAGUUGCGACUCUCAAGAGUGUGAAAAUGACGACUACUGAAGAUGCUUUGUGGCUUGCAGGAAGGAAGUGCGAUGCUUUAAACUAUCUACAUGAUCAUAUGAAAGUUAAUCCAUUUAUUCCUGGAGAAAAGGUUACGAGAAGUAACUACCCGGGUUAUAAAGUUGACUCUGAGAAGUCUAAGAUUAAGAGUAAGGAAUUAAAUGUUAAUUGUGUUUUACCCAUCAAGAGAAUUAGUGCUGCAAAAAUGAAUAAGACUCUGCGUGGUAAUAAAGAUAUAAAUUUUUCAGCAGUUUUGUUGAUUCGUAGAAUCCAGAUGAAUGUGGACAGUGUCGUGGCAGUUGGAAAUUGUUAUGAAUCAGAAUUGGUUAAGCAAGAGUUUAGUGAUGUCUUUUAUAAAGAGUUACCUAAGGCAAUUGAUUAUAGAGGCGAGAUCAAGCAUGUCAUUGACGUGGUCGCUGAUUCAAAACCAACUUAUAGUAGAGCUUACCGAUUAUCCAUUGACGAACGUGAAGAAUUAGAAAGACAAAUUGAUGAGUUGAUUUCUGCAGGUAAAAUUUAUCCCACUACAUCUCUAUAUGGUGCUCCUGUAUUGUUUGUAAAGAAGAAAGAUGGUUCUAAGAGAUUAUGUUGUGAUUUUAAACGAUUAAAUGCCGUGACAAUUAAGUCAAGAUUUCCGUUACCACUAAUUGAAGAUUUAUUUGAUCAUUUAUAUGAUGCUAAGUGGUUUACGUCAUUGGAUUUAAUCUCAGGAUAUCAUCAAAUACCAACUGCAGAGCAAGAUCAAGCGAAGACAGCUAUUGUCACACAUCUAGGACAAUAUGCUUGGCGUGUGAUGCCAUUUGGGUUAACGAACGCACCAUCAACGUUUCAGAUGGUAAUGAAUGACUUAUUUCGUGAUAUUUUAAACAAAAAGGUACUGGUUUACUUAGAUGAUAUAUUAGUGUAUUCAUCCUCUAAAGAACAACAUUUAUAA